UCCAGCGCGUGGUUUCGCCGAGUCCUUCCCUCCGAUCCAGCGCGUCCCCCGGGCGCUGCAGCCGCUCCAACUAUGGACCCCCGGCGCCGCGCCAGCCCAGGGAUCGCUGUCGCCUGCUGCUGGCUCCUCACCGUUCUAGGCUUCUGCAUAUCAUUCAAUGUUGAUGUGAAAAACUCAUUGACUUUCAGCGGCCCAGUGGAGGACAUGUUUGGAUAUACUGUUCAACAAUAUGAAAAUGCAGAAGGAAAAUGGGUGCUUGUUGGUUCUCCUUUAGUUGGACAACCCAAGAACAGAACUGGAGAUGUCUAUAAGUGUCCAGUUGGGAGAGGUGAAUCAUUACCUUGCAUAAAGUUGGAUCUUCCAGUUAAUACAUCAAUUCCCAAUGUCACAGAAGUAAAGGAGAAUAUGACAUUUGGAUCAACUUUAGUCACCAACCCAAAUGGAGGGUUUCUGGCGUGCGGGCCCUUAUAUGCCUAUAGAUGUGGACAUUUGCAUUACACAACGGGAAUCUGUUCUGAUGUCAGCCCCACAUUUCAAGUCGUGAACUCCAUUGCCCCUGUACAAGAAUGCAGCACUCAGCUGGACAUAGUCAUAGUGCUGGAUGGUUCCAACAGUAUUUACCCCUGGGAAAGUGUUACAGCUUUUUUAAAUGACCUUCUUGAAAGAAUGGAUAUUGGUCCUAAACAGACACAGGUUGGAAUUGUACAGUAUGGAGAAAAUGUAACCCAUGAGUUCAACCUCAAUAAGUACUCAUCAACGGAAGAGGUGCUUGUUGCAGCAAAUAAAAUAGUCCAGAGAGGUGGCCGCCAGACGAUGACAGCCCUUGGAAUAGACACAGCAAGGAAAGAAGCUUUCACUGAAGCCCGGGGUGCCCGAAGAGGGGUUAAAAAAGUCAUGGUAAUUGUGACUGAUGGAGAGUCCCAUGACAACCAUCAACUGAAUAAGGUCAUCCAGGACUGUGAAGAUGAAAGCAUUCAGCGGUUUUCCAUAGCUAUUCUUGGCAGCUAUAAUCGAGGAAAUUUAAGCGCUGAAAAAUUUGUGGAGGAAAUAAAAUCAAUUGCAAGUGAACCCACGGAAAAGCAUUUCUUCAAUGUCUCUGAUGAAUUGGCACUAGUCACUAUUGUUGAAGCUCUGGGAGAAAGAAUCUUUGCCCUGGAAGCUACAGCUGACCAGUCGGCAGCUUCUUUUGAGAUGGAAAUGUCUCAGACCGGCUUCAGUGCUCAUUAUUCACAGGACUGGGUCAUGCUUGGAGCAGUAGGAGCCUAUGACUGGAAUGGAACAGUCGUCAUGCAGAAGGCUAAUCAAAUCCUAAUUCCCCAAAACACGACCUUUAAUGUUGAGUCUACCAAAAAGAAUGAACCUCUUGCUUCUUAUUUAGGUUACACAGUAAACUCCGCCACUGUUUCUGGAGAUGUGCUCUACAUUGCUGGACAGCCACGGUACAAUCAUACAGGCCAGGUGGUCAUCUACAGGAUGGAGGAUGGAGACAUCAGGAUUCUCCAGACACUCCAUGGAGAACAGAUCGGUUCCUACUUUGGAAGUGUUUUGACGACAGUUGACAUUGAUAAAGAUUCUAAUACUGACAUUCUUCUAGUCGGGGCUCCUAUGUUCAUGGGAACAGAGAAGGAAGAACAAGGAAAAGUGUACAUCUAUGCUCUGAAUCAGACAAGGUUUGAAUAUCAAAUGAGCCUGGAACCCAUGAAGCAGACUUGCUGUUCAUCUCUGAAGCACAAUUCAUGCACAAAGGAAAACAAAAAUGAACCAUGUGGGGCUCGUUUUGGAACAGCUAUUUCUGCUGUGAAAGACCUCAAUCUUGAUGGAUUUAAUGACAUCGUGAUAGGAGCACCCCUGGAAGAUGAUCAUGGGGGAGCUGUGUACAUUUAUCAUGGAAGUGGCAAGACUAUAAGGGAAGAGUAUGCACAACGUAUUCCAUCAGGGGGAGAUGGCGAGACACUGAAAUUUUUUGGCCAGUCUAUCCACGGAGAAAUGGAUUUAAAUGGUGACGGUCUGACCGAUGUCACUAUUGGGGGCCUUGGUGGUGCUGCCCUCUUCUGGUCCCGAGAUGUGGCUGUAGUUAAAGUGACCAUGAAUUUUGAACCCAAUAAAGUGAAUAUUCAAAAGAAAAACUGCCGCGUGGAGGGAAAGGAAACAGUAUGCAUAAAUGCCACAGUGUGUUUUGAUGUGAAAUUGAAGUCCAAAGAAGACAGGGUUUACGAAGCUGAUAUGCAAUACCGUAUCACACUAGAUUCUCUAAGACAGAUAUCACGGAGUUUUUUCUCUGGAACUCAAGAGAGGAAGAUUCAAAGAAACAUCACAGUUCGAGAAUCAGAAUGCACUAAGCAUUCCUUCUACAUGUUGGACAAGCAUGACUUUCGGGACUCUGUGAGAAUAACUUUGGAUUUUAAUCUUACCGAUCCAGAAAAUGGGCCCGUUCUUGAUGAUUCUUUACCAAAUUCAGUACAUGAAUAUAUUCCCUUUGCCAAAGAUUGUGGAAACAAGGAAAAAUGUAUCUCGGACCUCACCCUGGAUGUCUCCACCACAGAAAAGGGCCUGCUUAUUGUCAGGUCCCACAAUGAUAAGUUCAAUGUUAGCCUCACAGUCAAAAAUAAAGAGGACAGUGCCUAUAACACCAGAACCAUAGUGAAUUAUUCUCCAAAUCUAAUUUUUUCAGGAAUUGAGGCUAUCCAAAAAGACAGUUGUGAAUCCAAUCAUAAUAUCACAUGUAAAGUUGGAUAUCCUUUCCUAAGAAGAGGAGAAAUGGUAACAUUCAAAAUAUUAUUUCAGUUUAACUCAUCUUAUCUCAUGGAAAAUGUGAUUAUUCAUUUAAGUACAACAAGUGACAGUGAAGAGCCACCUGAAGCCCUUUUCGAUAAUGAAGUAAACGUUUCCAUCCCUGUAAAAUAUGAAGUUGGUCUACAGUUUUACAGCUCUGCAAGUGAAUACCAUAUUUCAAUUGCGGCCAACGAGACAGUCCCUGAAAUUAUUAGUUCUACCGAGGACAUUGGAAAUGAAAUUAAUAUCUUCUACUUGAUUAGAAAAAGUGGGCAUUUUCCAAUGCCAGAACUUAAGCUGUCAAUUUCAUUCCCCAACAUGACAUCAGAUGGUUUUCCUGUACUGUACUCAAGUGGGUGGUCAUCUUCUGAGAAUGUCAACUGCAGACCCAGUAGCCUCCAGGAUCCUUUUGGUAUCAACUCUGGGAAGAAAAUGAUAAUAUCCAAAUCUGAAGAUAUUAAACGAGGCACCAUUCUGGACUGCAGUGCAUGUAAAUUUGCCACCAUCACAUGUAAUCUGAUUCCUUCUGACAUGAGCCAAGUGAACGUUUCACUUAUCUUAUGGAAACCAACUUUUAUAAAAGCACAUUUUUCCAGCUUAAAUCUUACUAUAGGGGCAGAACUUCAGAGUGAAAAUACAUCACUAGUUUUAAGUGCUGGCAAUCAAAAAAGAGAGCUUGCUAUUCAAAUAUCCAAAGAUGGGCUACCAGGCAGAGUGCCAUUAUGGGUUAUCCUGUUGAGUGCUUUUGCUGGAUUAUUGCUAUUAAUGCUGCUCAUAUUAGCACUGUGGAAGAUUGGGUUCUUCAAAAGACCACUAAAGAAGAAAAUGGAGAAAUGAAAUAUUUUAGAAGAAAUAAUUAUUCAAUGAUCUAUCCUCAGGUUUGCCUCAAAUAUGUGACAAGAAAUUUAUAAAUACAAUUAAAGACAUAGUCACAUAACUCUACAUAAUCCAUCAGGGAUUAAUCAUUUAGAAAAUGACAGAUCAAGCAAGAUCCAAAAACAAUACAUUAAAGCUUUAUUUUAUAAAAUGUUGAAAAAUAUUUUUAAAUAAUUACUCAUUUUUGUUGAGUAAGCAAAAUUACAAAGUGUUUUGAAGAUGAAAAGUAACCUGUACAAAUAUGUUUAUAUAUUAAAUCACCAUUCCAAGUAUUUAAGGAAUACAUAAAAAGAUUUUUAUGAUCAUUGAAACAUCUACUUUCAAAAUAGUAUAAAUUAAGCUUUUUCCAUUGAUUCCUGAUGGAUAUCCACAUUCAGCAUGAUGGUCAAUAUUUGUAAAUGUCAAGAAAGGAAUUUUACCUGAAAAAGGUCACUUCCCCCCAUUUAAAUGAGAAAAAUUUCCCAGGUGGAGUCUAUAUACAAUAUAGACUGAAAAUAGAAUUAAAUCACAGAGAAUAUAUUCAGCAUCUUUGUGUUGGGUUCUAUACUGGGAAAGUUUUCUUUCCAAAGUGUUUGAAAAAUAGUACAAUUGAGCUGAAAUUCUAUCUAGGAUAGAAAAUCAAGAUAGACUUGUUUAAAAGCAAGUGCACUGAAGGGAUUAAUUUAAGCUUUUACAGAACACGCCUAGUUUUGGUAUUGAACUCUAAAACUCAAAACUCUUUUAUACUGAAAAGCACAGCAGUUUUAUGUGGCAUAACAGUGAUUUGUCAUGAAAAGUCACGUUGUGUGUGGGAUAUGCUAAAAUGGUUUCUGAAUGGAACUGACAAUGUAGAUGGAUGCCGCAGAAAUGCUGGUCAUCUUUUGAACGUGAGGGGGUCCCAGGAUGUAACCCAAAGUAGGAAUUGUCUCAACUCCUUGGUACAUGGUUCAUUCAAACCCUCAAGCUGUGAGAGUAUGUUUAUUUUUAAUAUUUUAAAAGAUAUUUAAUUUUCCAAACGUGGUUCUUCUUUUUAUGAAAAAGCAGUAUUCCAUUUCAGUAUUGCAUUUUACCAACAAGCCACUGCUUUUUGAGUGUGGCAUAUGAAUGUUUAAAUGGAUCUCCGGAAAUGUAUUUUAAAGAAUUUCAAGUUUGAAACCUCGCACCAACAGAAAGACAUCACACCUUUGUAUGAGCUUCUUUGUUCUUGAAGUAAUCACCGUGGUGCAUCGGACUCUACUGUAGCAUAAGCUCCUAGGUUGUUCCAUUUCUUAGGGAAAAACAAUGAAUGAAUGUACAUGUGAACUACUGCUGUAAAAUUUUCUGAUACUUCUGCAACUCUAUCUCUCCACCCGAUUGACCAUCACAAGAUCAGAACCUGUACUUAUCUGGAAAGUCCUGGGCUCUACUUUUCUCAGAAAGCAGCAAAUCAAUGGAGAAAUUGAAUGCCAUACAUUUAAUUUUUAAAAACUAAUUUCCAGGGAAUUAUCUGUGGACUCAGAGGCAGCCUACCUCAUGGCUCUCUACAUCUACAUCUGAGAUCCUGAUGGUCAAAGACAUGCACCUGGGGAGUGCUGAGGUCCUCAGUAGCUAGAAGAAAGGCUAAGUUUUUCCAGAGAUUUGGUAUCCUCUUCCUGGCCUGUGGUUGCUCAGAAGUGUCCAGUUUUAGAAUUUUCUUCAUUCCUGCUGUCUAUCUCCAGGUUCCAAAAUCAUUCUUUCCACCUGUUCUUUCUUUGCCCAACAAAACUCAGGUCUCUCGUAUUCAGUCACCAUGGUGCACAACUCCGGUGCACAACCUGCUCAGCAGCUCUGAUCCAGGCUCAGCACAUUCUUAGAAAUAAAUCUAAUAGAUAAAAUUUUUAAAAAUUCACACUUGUCCUCUGACUCCCAGGCAAAGUAUUUACUGAACCAGGAGUAUGCACAUUUCAACUAAACAUGUUGUUAACGUAAAGGGGAAAAAUAGAAAAGAUGGCAUUUUUAACAUUUUAGAAAAGAGAGUAAGAGCUGUUUGGCCAAAUCAAAUAGCUGCUUAUAAGCUCAGCACAGUUUUUAACAUAAUUCAUUCCUGUUUUUUAAGUAGAAUAUUAAAUGAGCCAGAUAUCCUAUUUCCUUAAUAUUGUGAUUUGUUGAGGUUUAUGUACGUAUGUGUCUAUGCAUCUGUGCGUGUGUGUGUAUAAACACACAUGCACACACACACGCAUGCAUGCAUGGACACAAAUUGGAGAAAAAAUACCUCAACACCAAAUAACAGAGUUUACAAGAAAUAAACACACAAAAGCUACACCACAAGAAAAGUUUGAUUCAUCCACUUUGCAUAUAGUUUUCACUUUCAUUAAUAUUUAACUUUAGCAUACAUUUAUGCAACUAUCCAAAAAUCAUAAAUGUAUAAUUAUUAUUUUGACUAAAUUAAUAAGUCAACAGAUGUCCCAAAUUAGCUUUGUACAGAUAUCCUAAAACAGAGACAAUGAUUAAGAAAUAUACUAAACUCUAUUAUUUUAUUUUAAAACAUUUAAUAAGAAAAGUGAUAUUUAAGACAAUUUAUGAGCUUAUUCAUUAAAUUAAAUUGCAAAAUAGUUUCUUUUUUUAACUUUGGUAUUUUUUUAAAUUAAUUAUUUCUUCCACUGUGGACUGAACUAUGUAUGAAGUCCCUUUCCAUACCAAGCCUACAAUGGUAUAUUGGUAAAUUAUUGAACAACUUGGCUCUCCAGGAGGAAAAAAAUCCCUGAUUUGUGUCAUUUACCAGUUUUCGUGGUCUAAAUAGUUUUGUCACGGCCAUUUUCAAGCUACCAACAUAGCCCUAACCAGCUUGCAGAAUUCCUGAAAAUGUAUUUGUCAGUUCUCAAGAACCAGUAUGAGCUAACUUCAGUGCACCAUUGAGAUAGAUUAGAUGACAAUGAUAGAUAGAAGAUAGAUAGAUGACAGAUGAUAGAUAGACAGAUGACAGAUAGAUAGAUAUAGAUGAUAGAUAGAUAGGUGUAGAUGAUAGAUAAAUAGAAAUGUAACAUGAAUAUAUAUAUAUAUAUAUAUAUAUACACACACACAAACAUGCACAAUACAAUCAUAUUUCAAAUUAUUCUUAAAACGUUGAUCUCAAACCCAGCAAAGUGCUACAUAGUUUCCCAUUCUUCAAUUUCAAUUUCUAAAAUUAGAGUCUUCCUUUAAUGUUAAUAAAAUGAUACGACCUUGCAGGAAAAGGAGUUGAAAGCAAUAUAUAUAUAUAAAGGGUGACACUGAAAAUCAGAACUAUACAACCACAAAGAAGCUGUUUCACUUUCUCUCAGAAUCCAGAGCCCUGCAGCCAUACUGUGAAAGGUCAUCCUUUGUAAAUAUUUGUAAUUUCUAUGACCCAGUUUGAACUUCAGUGAUCCAAUUUGUUCAAUUAUUUUCUCCGAGCACUAGAUUCAUGGGCAAUUUAAUCUCUGAAUAUUUUUUAUGUCAUAACUGUGCUUGAAAUGAGGCUGUGGGAGGACAUAUUUUACAAAAUUUGAUGUUUACUCAACCACAGUAAUUAAUAAUUUUACCUCUUAUAAAACCAAUAUCUAGGCUCAAUUAGAAAACAAAUAUCUGCACCAAAGCAAAAGGUGGUUGUGCAGUGCUUGAGUAAACCUGGGUGGAAGGAGAAGCUGAGAGAAGGGCUGGCAUGUUCUCUCCAGGCGGCCCCCCGAAGGGCCACGGUUUGCACUGUGUGAAGGCUGCCCGCCAGCGUCUAUGCACUGCGCUUUCCUACAGGAUAUCUUCUCUGUCAAACAUGUUGUAAUCUGCUCCGUGUGAAUUAACUGUCUUGCUUUGCACAACAGUGAGAAAACUAAGAAAGACCCAGGCUCAGAGCAUGGUCCGUGUGCCCAGAACAGUCACAGUAUUGUUCAAAUAAAGAGGCUUCUGGCAAAUCAGCCUUUUAAAAAUAGUAUCCUAUGUAUCCUUCAUUGAUUUUCAACACUUCUCAAGUCUCCCUCCAUUAGAUUAGUCUUCUCACCCAAGGGAGAUUUUCAAGAAGACUACCAGAGAAAAAUCUUUUUAAAACGUGUGCUCUGUUUGCUACGAAUACCAGCUUCUGUGAUUUGAUCAUUUACACAGGAUGUCAGUCCUCUGUUCUGUGGCAAUCUAAAGGGUUGGUAUGGUAAAUGUAAUAGGGACAGAAUGAAAGGCUUGAAGAGAUGAAACAGCUUGAAGAAAUUUACAGACUGUUAUUGGGACACUGUCAGCAUCUACUCCAGUGGGGAGCUGGCAGGAUUUAGCCCUUUGGUGGGUCUCCAUCAGCACCCCCCCAAUCCCCAUCCUCACCCAUGGAAAUUAUAAUCUAAAACAUGAUGGGCUUCCCUGGUGGCGCAGGGGUUGGGAGUCCGCCUGCCGAUGCAGGGGACACGGGUUCGUGCCCCAGUCCAGGAAGAUCCCACAUACUGCGGAGCGGCUGGACCCGUGAGCCAUGGCCGCUGAGCCUGCGUGUCCGGAGCCUGUGCUCCGCAACGGGAGAGGCCACAACAGUGAGAGGCCCACGUACCGCAAAAAAUAAAAAAGAAAGAAAGAAAAGAAGAGCUUUAAAAUCCUGGAAAUGAUGCUACUUUCUAACUAAAAUUUCCAAUUUAACUGUAAACAGCAGGCAUUUUAAUGCAAACACAACUUCCAGGUGAAUCCACUAGACAGCCCUUCCAAUCAGACUGCUGUCUCUAAAUACCUCCUACCCAGAAAUUCUGAAACCGCCACUGGAAGUGAACUUUGCAGUGCAUUACUAAAGGCUAAAGGCUGACGUUUCAAUGGGAGCACUGUUGUGCAACAUCUUAAGUAGAACGAUAAAAAGAGAGUUAAAAUCUAACAUUGUAAUCUGGUGAACGAGUAUUUUUGAUCCUCAUAUUAAAAUGUAACCUUGAAUUUAGCAAUUCCAAGUAACAGCCUUUAACCAUCAACCUUGAGGAAAAGUAAAGGAGCAUGUGCCGGCUCUUCAGCCCCAGGUGCAUUGUCCCCUACAACAUGUGGUACCCAGGAGGUCCAGUUCCUAACUGAUGAGAAUGGAUCCUCUGCUGCUGUAAAUGGCCUAAGCUCCCAAAUCCACUACAUCCCAGGAUCGGCCCUCCCACAUCAGACACACACAUAUGCACGUGCUGAAAUUUUACCAUACUGAAAAAUAUACAAGGAUAAGUUCUCACUUCUAAUGUUGGACUCCUUGCUUUGAGAUCAGCUUUUUUUUUUUUU